GUAUCUUCGAGUAUUUAUCUUUGCUCUCGGCACCUUUUCUUGUUGUUACAUCAUCUCUAAGCUUUUGCACGUUUCUAAUAGUGGAAUACUGCGAACCGUUAUUAUAUUUUAUGCCUUUUUCAAAAUAGUGGAUAGUAUUAAUGUCCUUUCGCAAUGAAAAAAAUCCCAAGUUCAAUUCUUCUUUUGUGGCCCCUGGCGAUUUGUACAGAAUUCUAGCUUCGAGUGAAUCUCUCCGAAAUCACCUCACAGACAGCUACUGGUGUGAGGCCAUGGAUGAGGUAUGCAAUGGCAAAUUGAAGGGUGUUGUGGUACGUUAUACAGGCGCAAAUUUAGUGAUGCUGCAGUUUAUGCCAACAAAGCUAUCCCCUGCAGGUUAUCGCUACCCCCUAUCAAUGUCAAUCCCGAUCGAGUUCAUGGUGCCAGUGAAUCCCAGUGGAAUGAACAUGACCUUGUCUCAGAUGCCAAACAACUAUGCCACAAGUAUAGCAGAUAGUUUUCGCAGCUCCAGCAGUAUUGAUUCUAGAGGUCCGGGCCCAUUUAACGGUCAGCUUCCUAAGCUUUGCGUGGUGUGUGGGCGCUACAAUGUUCCGGGCAUGCAGCUACGCACGCAUGGCUGGAAGUGCAAGAAUUGCAAGGGUACUAAAUCACUGCAAAGGUUACGCGUGGAAGCAAUGAAAUUGCUGGAUGGAUGGAAGACAGAAUAA